AAACUAUUUCACUUUAAUUUCUUUACCGGCGCAUAAUCUAAUACAAAAAUAUAACGCAGAUAACUCCCACUUAUAAAAAACGCGGUGGGAUCGAUAUUAAAUAGUAAUUGUUACAUAAAUAUUGAUUAUCAUGCCUGGAAAUGAUAAUUUGCCUGUCAUAUUAGUCAGCGCUGCUAACACUGCUUCCGCAUCAGCAAUAAUAUCAGAGUUAAUGCACGAUGGCACAGAGCCUCAAUGUAACGGCGUGUCACACGACAGUGACGAGGAACAGGGAUCAGCACCCGUAUGGCAUCUGACCAACAAGUAUUACAGUGCGUCUGUGUGUUUGCGGACGCUGGCCGACAGUUGUGAACCCGACCCUGGCGAUGAUGUGCAGGCACAUGUUAUAUACCUUACUGAGGAUGAGUGUUCAGACGACACCGCCUGCGUGCGUCGCGCUGCCGCCGCGCGGGCGUCCCGUAACGCAGUACGACUGGUCGCCGCGCGGAUAGACCACGAGCCUGCCGCCCUAGCAACGUGGGCGCGAAUUUCGCACUACGAACUAGUGCCGCUACUAGCGCCACCUGUUGAACAGGAUGAGGAAGAUGAUUUCCCGGAGGCGAUAGGAGUAGCGCGCUUGCGCGAAGCGUUGCAUGCACACGCGUGGCCGGGAAUGCGUCGCGCAGGCGCUGUCAGGGCCCCCGCACCUGAGUUGAACGAUGACUCAUCAUCAGACUCCUCUUCGUGGGGUUCAUGGACGGGCGCGGACGAGGCGGGGGCGGUGGAGCGAGCGGAACAGUUCGCGGACGCUCUCGCUAUGUUACCGGCGAGACGCGCUGAAGGUGACGACGACGCCGCAAGAAGAUUACACGCGGAGCAACUCGUCGUUGCUUUCUGCCGUGCGCUGGGACACGACCUCAAUUUAGAUGGAGACAUAUAGAAACUCCCAGGGCGGAGUAUAAUAAAGAGUACUAUCGUACGGUAAAAGUGCCACCCACCCGCUCUUGGUUAGCUCACAGCGUAGACGUAUAUAACUUCGUAUAGAUAAAGUCUAAGAAAAAAACGUACCUCAGUACCAUACAGAAAAAGGUACGGUGGCCUAGAUGGCA